AUGGAGGACUCCGAGUCGUUGCCGUUGGAACAAGCCCCUCGCGCAAGCAUCGAAUACCUGCCAUCUGAGCUGACAGGUGCUAUCCUAUCUCAACUGUCGAACCGCGACAUCAAAAGUCUGCGUUUGACAAGCAGAAAAGUUCGCGACAUUGCCGGGCCCUACUUCCGUCUCGAUCGCGUCUUUCUGUCAGCCAAUCCUCGCAAUGUUGAGGUCUUUACCGCUGUCGCGAAUCAUGACAUGUUUCGUUGGGGGGUCUACGAAAUAAUUUGGGACGACGCGCGUCUGAUGAAAUCGCCGGAAAUGCAGGAUCCCGACACGUUGGAAAUGGACGAAGAGGAUUUGGUGUACAGGUUUGAGAUGAUGGGGUCGCCGCGUCCGAGAGGGUGUCCUCCUUGGUAUGCCUGGGUGUGCAACGAAAAUGUUGGCCUCUUGAAAAGGCGGAAAGGCAACGACGUCGAUUCGCGGCCGGAACACGUUACCAGAGCGAAGCAGCUAGCUUCACUGCUGCCGCUCAAAGAGUCCUAUGCACAUUACGAGGACUUGCUUCGGCAGCAAGAUGAAGUGCUGUCCUCCGGAGCCGACACGGUCGCCCUCGAGGACGCCUUCAGGAGAGAGUGCUUCCCUAACCUGUGUAGGAUCACAAUUACGCCCGUAGCGCAUGGAUUCCUCUUCACCCCUUUAUACGAAACACCAAUGAUUCGAAGUCUCCCUUAUGGCUUCAACUAUAUGAUUCCCCGAAGUUGGCCUGUGCCGAAAGCUCUGGAAUCACCUAGCACCUGGCUCUGGGUCGACGAAACAAUCAAGAGCAGGUGGCGUGGCUUCCGCAUUGUCACUCAACUGCUGGCACAUAACCCCGGUGCGAAUGUAACAGAGAUAGUCAUUGAAACUAAGGGGCUCAGAACUGGGCUGCCGUGUUACAUUUUUGAUGAUCGAAAGCCAUGCAAGGAGUACGAUGAUCUGAUGACAUUGCUCAGACAUCCUGGCUUUGCGCGACUGGACCUCGCCCUCAUGGUUGGAGGGCAGGAAGUACACAACUGGUCAUGUUUCCGCAACGGUCGCCUUCGGCACGCUCUGAAGACGGAAUUACAACAUUUCAGCUUUCAGACCGAUGUCGAACCAAACCCGGACAUGCGAAUGGACGCUCUUGGCACUGGUGGCUCGUUGGAUCACUUUACCCCUCUGCUGACCAUCUUCCCGGUUGAGACAUGGACCCGACUACGACACUUUGGGCUAUCGAGGUUCUUGGUUAAGCAAAAUGACUUACUCGACUUCUUGCGGCUUUUACCGGAUACUUUGCAAUCUGUCGAGCUAAGUCUUCUCUACUUCCUGAAAGACGGUGGUGGCCACAGAGGCCUCCUCGCCGGGAUGCGCAAUGACCUGGGAUGGAGGAGGCGGGCCAUCAAGCCUCGGGUGGCGAUGGGCUACGACAUUUCUCGAGGCAUUUGCGUCGAGCGGGCUGUAUGGUUAGACGAAGAAGUUCGAGGUUUUCUCUAUGGUGAUGGGGAAAAUCCUUUUGCAACAGAUGAGAACGGUGGGAACUCAAUUAACCCCGGAAUCGGUAUUGUGAGAGACUCUUUCGAACCGGAGCAUGAGAGGCCUUACGUUAAGCCGGAGGUCUUGGUGGAAAUGGGCAUUAUCAAAGAACAGGCGUCCAGGAUGGCUCGUGGGUGGCAUUAG